UGUGCAGCAUCCACAACUGCGGUCCAGCUUUUUGCUGUAUCUCUUGCUCUCUCUUUCUCUCCUUUUCUCAUAUUGCGUGUGCGGAGCUCCUCGUUCGGAGCGUGUCUCGGGAUGCGUCGCGUCGAUUAGUGGUGGUGAAUCGAGUAAUCCCGAUAAUCUCGUCCCGCCGCCGAUAUCAGGGGCAGGUCGAGCAGGAAGUCUGCGCGCUUGCUGGCCGAUGAAGGCACGUAAGAGCCGCGACAAACGUAAGUCCUGAAGGCAAGAACGACCGUAAAACGAAAGAAAGAAAGGCUGCUCCGCGAUCGAGCUCUUCCUCCUGCUUCCUCGCCUCGUGUCCGUGCGACACCGUUCAAUAUAUGUGCCACUGCCGUUGACUUGGACCAGUCGAUCGACUACUCAGCGGAGAGCGUCGUUGACAAGCAGAGCGACAGCCGGGGGGUGAUAACUGCCGAAUGCAGCACCAAGAAGGAGAACUUGAUGGACUCGGGGGCGUUUUAGGGAGCUCCGGGGGCGCCGCGCUCGCUCUUAGCGGUCGACACAAGCCGGAGGAGCUCGCCACCCUCGCGGCCACCACCAGGUUCUCGCGGAAGGAAAUCCAGCUGAUUUACCGAGGUUUCAAACAGGAAUGCCCGACCGGUCUGGUCGACGAAGAUGCUUUCAAACAGAUCUUCUCGCAAUUCUUUCCGCAGGGAGACGCAAGUCAAUACGCUCAUUAUGUUUUCAACACCAUGAAGAGGAAACCGUCCGGCAAGAUAAGCUUUGAGGAAUUCCUCACUAUAUUGUCGAAGGUGUCAAGAGGAUCGGUGGAGGAGAAGUUGCAAUGGGUAUUUGGUCUGUACGAUCUGGAUGGCGAUGGCUUGAUAAGUAAAGAGGAAAUGCUGGAUGUUGUGGGCUCCAUUUACGAGAUGUUGGGUCGUUACACGCAACCGCAAAUCCUUGAGCCGCAUGUGGCCGCUCGCGAACACGUCGAUCGUAUCUUUCAUUUGAUGGACGCGAAUAAGGACGGUGUGGUGACUAUCGAAGAGCUGGUGCAGUGGUGCUCCAAGGAUGAGCAAUUGUUGCGAAGUCUCGAUACUCUGGACACCGUAUUAUGA